CUACAACCUUGCCCCAGACCAGUCUUCUUUUCAGUAAGCCCUAGCCCAUUCCUUCUUCUUCCUUCGCUCAGUUUAGUCGUUCAUUACUUCUCUUCUGUUCUUUCUCACAGAAAGCCUCUUCAAACAACCUCUAACUUUUCCUAAUCAAUUAAACCAUAACAAAAGCUUAAAAAUUUCAAGAUUUUAAAGGAUGCUUCCCCUUGAUUCUGCAAAGAAGUUAUCUUUUAAUCGUUUAAUUAGUGAAGGAGAUUUAGUAAUAACUUAUGAAAGGCAUGACAACAUGAAAGCUGUGAAAGUAAGUGAGGGAUUAGUACUUCAGAAUCGAUUUGGUGUAUUUAAACAUUCAGAUUGGAUUGGCAAGCCCUUCGGGACCAAAGUGUUUAGCAACAAGGGUGGGUUUAUUUAUUUGUUGGCUCCAACUCCUGAGUUAUGGACUUUGGUUCUAAGCCACAGAACCCAGAUCCUCUACAUUGCGGAUAUUAGCUUUGUGAUUAUGUUUUUGGAACUAGUUCCUGGCUGUGUGGUUCUUGAGUCCGGAACCGGAAGUGGCUCUUUAACGACUUCACUUGCACGGUCAGUAGCUCCCACUGGACAUGUCUAUACUUUUGAUUUCCAUGAACAAAGGGCAGCCUCGGCUAGGGAAGAUUUUGAGAAGACAGGAUUAAACAGCUUGGUUACUGUAGGAGUAAGAGACAUUCAGGGUGAAGGAUUUCCAAAUGAGUUUUCUGGGAUGGCAGAUGCUGUUUUUCUGGACCUACCUCAACCCUGGCUUGCCAUUCCUUCAGUUGCGAAUAUGUUGAGAGAAGAUGGGAUCAUGUGUUCCUUCUCCCCAUGCAUCGAGCAGGUUCAACGAUCAUGUGAAACUUUAAGAUCAAACUUUACAGAUAUAAGGACUUUUGAGGUACUCCUUCGCACAUAUGAAGUUCGAGAAGUAAAAAUGGACAGCUACCGGGGGGAGGGGGUGGGGGAUGAUGGUGUUUCUGUUGGGGCUCCUCCAUGUAAAAGGAGACAGCGAUCAAGUGAUGCAGGCAAUGUGCCAGAAAGUCAAUGGUUUUCCGUACCAAUGGCUAAGCCGUGUAUGGAAGCUAAAGGCCACACAGGUUAUUUGACGUUCGCCAGACUGAAAUGCCUAUCAUAAACAUUGUGUCCUUUGUUAGAUUAUUGUAAGAAUUCAAAAGUUUUGUUUCCUCUUGAUAUCAAAUUUUGCUUAGUGAUUCUUGCCCUUUAUUUAUUUAAGUCAAGGAACUAUUGGUCAAA